AAUAUCCAAUUCAAUAUUCACAAAGUUUGGCUCCAUUUCCGUAACCCAUUCGCUGCGAGUAGCCAAGCAGGCAAGAAAACAGCAGCACCAGUCAUCAAAGCACUGGCACCAAAACCCCACCAAAAUCCAAACACCUGCAUUCCUUUUUUCGUCUCUUCUUCUUCUUCUUCUUCUUUCUGUAUCAAUACAACUCAAAACUUUGCGACACAAACAACCCUUCAACCAUUGAAAUUCCCAAGGCUCAUCCCUGCAAAUCUCUUUCUCUGUGUCUCUUUUUGGGCUGGGAUGGAAUGGAUUACUCAAAAACCUUUUCAAGGAUUGUUUUUGGCACUGUAUUCAGUAUCUAACAAUAUGAAGAAUCUUGGGAGGAUGGGAAUUCGUUAUUUGCACAAACUAAAUGCUGCAAAUGUGCCCAAGGACUUGUUAGAGAGGGGGCAGAAUCGUGUUAUGGAGGCAUCUCUUACCUUUAUCCGUGAGAGAGCUAAGCUCAAGGGAGAACUUUUACGAGCACUAGGAGGAGCUGUAGCAUCAGCAUCCCUUCUUGGAGUUCCUCUAGGGCAUAACUCUUCAUUCCUUCAGGGGCCUGCAUUUGCUCCCCCUCGUAUAAGAGAGGCUAUCUGGUGUGGCAGCACAAACUCCACAACUGAAGAAGGCAAGGAAUUGAAUGAUCCACGAGUAUUAACUGACGUUGGUGAUGUUCCAGUACAAGAGAUCCGAGAUUGUGGUGUAGAUGAUGAUAGAUUAAUGGGUAUCAUAAGUGAGUCAGUCAAGCUAGUAAUGGAAGAAGUAAGCCCCCCUUUUGCGUUUUUUUUCUAUUACGUAUUACACUGUUUUCUCUGGUAGAAUCAAGCUAAAGAGCUCAUCUGAUGUAGCUAUUUUGGUUAUAAUGUUUCCCAGGUUUUUAACAGUGAAUCUCUCUCUCUCUUCUCUAUCUCUCUGUAGAGGCAUGAAUGCUAGGGCGAGCAUGAUGUUUCUGAGAAGGAAGGAUGUAUUUGAAUUAGCUUAGAGAUGACAAUGCUAGAAACUUUUUCCUGCUUUGCCACUAAUUUUCUUGAAGAUUUGUAGACAGAUGAAUGUACUGUA